AAUUCACUCGUCACUCCCCCUCUCCCCUCACCCGCGCGCGAGAGGCGCUCGCCGCUCGCAGCCACUGCUCUCCUCUUCCCCAUUUCUCGGAGAACAGUCGCCGGCGACGCCUCCUCGCGCGUCCCCCUCUGCAAGUCGCCGCAAACCGCGAGAACAGCCGCCGCAACCCGUGAGAAAUUCGCAAGUCCCCCUCCGCAAGGCGUCCCCUCCGCUGGCGCUGCCCGCCGAGACGUCGACGAGGAUCGUUUGUACCAUAAGAUCGAUCGAUUCAUUCUCAGUCAAUCUCAGUGGCGGGAAGAGUGGCCAUCAUUUCCCGCCCGAAACUGAUGAGAUCCCUAAUCCGGCAAAUCCCGAUCCACGAAGCCUGACUCUUCUUCUACGUCGGCGAUUCAGGGAAGUGACGAAGUCAACGACGCUGCUCCUAUCCUCUCGGCGUCGUGGUCACCAAAACGAGCAAAUCCUGUGAUCUGAGACAAUCCUUGCUGAUUUCUUUGCUUCCACGGCGUGAUGGUUCCGAAAGAGUCCAACCCUAGCAGAAAGCGAUCGAGUCCCGGUGGCUACAGUGAGAGCCCUUGCAAGGCUCCAUCCCCCGGCAAAUGGCGAUCGCCGCGCAGAUGUAACGGCAAUAGGGACGAAGUUAGAAGUGUCGGAGAGAACGGCAAUCUUUCCAAUGGUGAUCUGAUAGGUUCGCCUAAAUCUCCCAGAAAAGAACUCUUUCGCAAUUCCAAUCAGCAACUCAAGUGGAACCCUAGAGAUCCUGCACAAAUGCAAACUGUGAAGCAUGCUUUACAUGUGGCAACACCACCAGCAAUUGUUGUUUGCCGUGAAAAGGAGCAGAAGAAUAUUCUUGAAUUUUGCAAAUCCUGUUUCCAACAAAGUAAAGCUGGCAGCCUCUAUGUAUGUGGAUGUCCAGGAACCGGAAAGACACUAUCAAUUGGCAAGGUGAAAGAGUAUUUCCUUGGGUGGUCGAAAGAGGUAGGAGUUCCGUCACCUGAUGUAUUAACCAUUAACUGCACUUCUCUCACUAGCACAUCAGAAAUUUUCAGCCAGAUGCUUGUGAAGUUUGAACUGUCGAAGGGGAAAGCCACUAAUACUUCACCUCUCCAGCAUCUUCAGGAUAUAUUUUCUCAGAAAAAGCACCAAUCAGGAAGAAUGCUGUUAAUGAUUGCUGACGAGAUGGAUUACUUAAUAACUAGGGAUCAUGCGGUUCUUCAUGAUCUUUUCAUGCUUACAACUUUACCUUUUUCUAGAUUCAUACUCAUAGGAAUAGCAAAUGCAAUUGACUUGGCAGAUCGCUUUCUUCAGAAACUAGAAGCAUUAAAUUGCAAACCUGUUGUCAUAACUUUCCGUGCUUAUUCUAAAGACCAGAUACUCAAGAUUCUUCAGCAGAGAAUUAUGGCUCUUGGGUAUGAUGUAUUCCAGCCAGCAGCACUUGAAUAUUGUGCACGAAAAGUUGCAGCAACAUCAGGAGAUAUUAGAAAAGCACUAGAUAUUUGCAGGUGUGCUAUUGAGGUGCUUGAAGCAGAGUUAAAAGGUUCUGUGACAAACAAAGAAACAGAAAAGGUCUCAUUUCAUCACAUUGAAACUGCUAUAUCAAGGUCAUUCAAGUCACCCGUGGUGGACAUCAUACAAUCUCUUCCACAACAUCAACAAGUAAUUUUGUGCUCCUUUGUCAGACUCUCUCAGCAUUGUAAGAAGAAUGCUACUACUCUAGCAGAGCUCAACCGAUCCUACUCUGAAAUUUGUAAAUCAACUCAAAUUCGUCCAGUUGGCAUGAUGGACUUUGCAAGCUUGUGCACUGCACUAAAUGAUCAGGGGCUUCUGGAGAUCGCACAAUCUCGUGGAGACAAAUCAAAGAAAAUCAAACUAAAAGUCGAUAGCUCAGACAUCACUUUUGCAUUGAAGGGCAUACGUUUUUUCCAGAAUUGCUGGUGUGACGAUUGAUCAUUGAUGAAGUUGAACAAUCCUGAUAAGUUACAGCCUCCUGAGUAAAGAUGAACUCAGUUCAUGUUCAUGUUUUCUUUUUCAAGGGUAAAGGAAGGCCAAAGACAAGGGGUUCUUCCAUCAACAGCCAGUUUCAUUUGGCACUGAAGUAGCAAACCAUCAAAUGCUCUGCCUUGGCAGCAACAAUUCUUUAUGUAUUGAUCAACUCAGAAACUUGUUUGUAAGGUUGGAAUUCUCAAAACAAAAUUUUCUAACUAAAAAAUAGGUGUCAGAUAAUUUAGAAAGAAUAUUUGUCCAUUUGGUUCCGUUGGAUUGGUGAAUGUUUCCAAUUGGUAGAGUUCUUGGUAAAACAUUGUUGGUAGUAGUGUUUUUAGUCAUUGGAUUGCUACUUAUUUAGUUCUUAUUUAUUUUUUAAAAAAUUAUGCAUCUUUUUUCUAUUAA